GCAAACCCCGUGAGACCGGAAGUUGGGUGUCGCACCCCGGCGCCAGUCUCCCUGACCCGGUUGAGGCCGCAGCGGACUGCCCUUCCCUAAGAUGGCGUCGAAGGUGGGCUCCAGACGAUGGCUACUACAGCUGCUCAUGCAGUUGGGCUCGGUGUUGCUCACACGCUGCCCCUUCUGGGGCUGCUUCAGCCAGCUCAUGCUGUACGCGGAAAGGGCAGAGGCGCGCCGGAAGCCCGACAUCCCAGUGCCCUACCUGUACUUCGACAUGGGGGCGGCCGUGCUGUGCGCUAGCUUCAUGUCCUUCGGAGUGAAGCGGCGCUGGUUUGCCCUGGGCGCCGCACUCCAGCUGGCCAUUAGCACUUACGCUGCCUACGUUGGGGGCUACGUCCACUACGGGGACUGGCUAAAGGUCCGUAUGUACUCGCGCACAGUUGCCAUCAUUGGCGGAUUUCUUGUGCUGGCUAGUGGCGCUGGGGAACUCUACCGACGGAAACCCCGUAGCCGAUCCCUCCAGUCCACCGGCCAGGUCUUCCUGGGCAUUUAUCUCAUCUGUGUGGCCUACUCACUGCAGCACAGCAAAGAGGACCGGCUGGCAUAUCUGAACCAUCUCCCAGGAGGGGAGCUCAUGAUCCAGCUAUUCUUCCUGCUCUACGGUGUCCUGGCCCUGGCCUUCCUGUCUGGCUACUACGUGACCCUGGCUGCCCAGAUCCUGGCUGUACUGCUGCCCCCUGUCAUGCUGCUCAUUGAUGGCAAUGUUGCCUACUGGCACAACACACGGCGCGUUGAGUUCUGGAACCAGAUGAAGCUCCUUGGAGAAAGUGUGGGCAUCUUUGGGGCCGCUGUCAUCCUGGCCACUGACGGCUGAGUUGCAUGGGGAGAGACUGAGCGUGCAGGGAGCCACUGAGGGCCACCCCACCUUCCUCCUUGCUGGUCCAGUUAUGUUUAUUUAUGCUUUUUGGUCUAUUUGUUUGAUCCUUUGCUCUGUGUGUAUGUGUGUGUGUUGGUAAGAGGCAAGUGUGUUCCCCAAUUCCUGGGCCCAGCCCUUGAGGGGGGAUCCCUGAUGAAGAUGCCUUACAGGGUUUUUUUCCAUUUGUUAAGAGAAGAGCUGACAUCAGCUGCUCUCCUGGGUCUUAUGUUCCAGAGAAGAGAGUAAGGCAGGGCUGGGUUAGGGUAUUGAGAGUGGGAGACAGAGGGAGGAAGACUAAGAACUGGAAGUGAACAAAAGUGAAAAAUUCCUUUUGACCCUGGCAGUUGCAGCUAGGCUUUGUAGUGCUUUUCGGAGACUGAGAAUGUGUUUGUAUGUUUACACUUGGAUCAGGCCAAGAGGAGCAGAGAGGCUGGGCUCCACAGAAGUCACAUGGGUUCUCAGGAUAUGUCAGGGGCAAAAAUAACACUAAUUGUCACCUACCUUGAGAGCAGAGCAGGCCCCAGUCUUCUUGGGUGUGAAAGGGUGGGGCAGUCAGCAGCCAACUUCCUGCUUCCUGCCUUGUUUCCAGCUCUAUGGCUGGCCUGGUGGGGGUGAGUGCCCUCCCAAACACCAGACCACACAGUCCUCCAAAAAUAAACAUUUUAUAUA